AUGGCAGCCGAAGUGCUAGGAUACAGCAAAGGGAUUUUUUUUUUUCCCUUUCUUUCUUUCCAGCUUUCUGCUCGAGGCCACUGGUCCACAUGGCCGGCAUUUGCAUCCGGGCAGACCAUCCUAAGGAACCACAAACCCUGCUGCACCCCAGAGGAGAGACAGUCUGACAAUAAACAGGCCCUUCUCACCAUUCCAAAGCCACAAUACUUGGAGCAACUGGAGUCCUACUUAAGGAAAGAGCUGCAGUCCCUUGAUCUGACUAAAAAGAACUCUCAAGAACUGAAGUUACAGCCCUACAGAGAGAUCUUUGAAUUCUUCAUAGACAACUUCAAGACCUACAAGCCCUUGCUGUCAGCUAUAAAGAAUGAAUAUGAAGUUACCUUGGCUCAUCAGAAGAAGACAAUUCGUGCCCUAGAACCCCUGAAGGCUAUGAUCACAACUGUGUCCGAGGAGUGCACCCAGCAGAUACUGGCACUGCAGGAAAAGGAGAAAGAUGAAAUAAAUACGUUAAAGCAAGAGAAACAACAUUUGUUAAAGUUUAUUGACAACAUGAAGGAAGAAAAGAGUUCUCUUCAGACUCAGGUGGAGCAUCUGCAGAGAAGCAUAGCUGAGGAGUAUGCUCGCUAUCUCAACGAGUACGGUGCCCGCAAACUGCUUCUGGCAAAACUGAACGAUAUGCAUAAUGAACAUCUGGACAUGACACGUCGCCGAGCCCAAGAUGUCAAGGGUGAAGAUGUGGUGAAGUUAACUUUGGCGUUAAAGGUAGCUCGGCAGGACCUCACAAAAAUGCAGGUGAAGCUGAACACAAUGAUAGCAGACUACGGAGAUGUUGUGCCCAGGAGAGAUUUUGAGUCACUGGAGAAAAAAUACUCUGAUUUACUUCAGGAGAUGAAGACUCUGCAGAAGGAUUUUGAUCGGCUCCAUAAGGAAUAUGAAACACUGCUGGAAAUCCACAGACAGACCGCAGAAGAGCGAGACAACUUCUGCACUGAACUCCAGCGAGUUCAGCACAACUGCACACCCCGGCCCAACUGGGCAAAGUGUUCAGAGGUGAUUCCUGGUGGAGCUGAGCGGUGGGGCUGUCUGGCUGCAGGGAAGACCAGCGAGCAGCUUGUGGAUGUGCUUCUGGAAGAAAUAGGAACAGGAGCACUAAAAGAGAUAAAUGUCUUCCCUGGAUGGGGCAAAGGUGACGAUGUUCCUGUGUACCUGAGGCAUGAAGGUGAAGUCAAGAACAAAAAGUUGACUAAGCAAGAUGUGGUCAACAUCCUAAAGGAUGUCUGGAAGGAAAAAAUUGCACUAGAACAGCAGACGGGGAAGCGGUCCAGUCUGCCCGAGUUCUUUCUCAGCUACCUCCAGAAGAAGUACGGAGAUGCCGCUGCCAUAGAAUGGUCUUACACCCUCUACGAGAACAUGCGGCUCUGUCGAUCAAACCAUGUCCUGAGCUCUUUCUACGACAUACUCACUGGGAAGGUAGGUGAAGAACAGUACCACGGCCAGAAUCGGCUCAUUUCCAACCUGCGAAAGGAGCUGGCUGCCCGCGACAGCUCCCAUGGCGGAGCCCUGACCAGCGAGCGCUUCAGCACAGCGGUGAGAGAAGCUUUUCCCCUGAAAAGGAACACAUCAAUCCAAGAACUAGUCGACGCAAGCCGGUACGAGCUGGACAGCACUGAAGACCUUAUCAACUACGUAUCCUUAUUCAAAGAAGAUGAGGAGGGGAACGCCGCACCUUUCAUUGCGAAGCUCAGGAGCCAGUACGUCAGGGAGAAGCAGGAGUACCUGAGGCAGCUGAAGAACAAGCUGGGAGAUUUAACAGAGGUGAAGACAGAUGAUCUGAAGACCGCCUUCCACAUGAUCAAUCCUGAUAUUGAUGAUCAGACGCUGGACACCUACAUUGGCCUGGCUUACCUGGCCCGGAGAGAAGAGCCAGACAGAGGAGCAGUGCCUGUGGAAACGGCACUUGAGAGACUGCUCACCGGAGACGUGAGACGAGUAGGGCCCUCACCCAGGGAGGGAAGCACAAGGGGCUUUGAAGGAGAGUAA